UGGAAAGUCGAGAAGAAUACCUACGGAAGCCCAAUCUACCCACCUUCAAGGGGGAAAAAAAAACAAACAAAAGGAUCUACCCGUUUUCAGAAUCCGAGAGAAAGAACCCUAGCAAUGGCGGAGCACUUGAAAAGUUUGUUUGGGACGGAGAAAGACAGGGUGAACUGCCCUUUUUACUUCAAGAUCGGGGCUUGCCGUCACGGUGACCGUUGUUCCAGAUACCACACCAAGCCUUUCUCCAGCCCUACCUUAUUGCUUUCCAAUAUGUACCAACGCCCCGAUAUGAUCCCCGGCCCGCAAUCCCAACCGCUCGACCCGAAAAAGAUCCAGCGCGAUUUCGACGAUUUCUACGAGGAUUUGUUCGAGGAGCUCAGCAAGUUUGGCGAGAUUGAGGAUCUCAAUGUCUGCGAUAACUUGGCGGAUCACAUGGUCGGCAACGUUUAUGUCCAAUUCCAAGACGAAGAUCAGGCCGCCGCCGCCCUGCAGGGUCUCGCCGGUAGGUUUUACGCCGGCCGUCCCAUCAUUGGGGAAUUCUCUCCGGUGACUGAUUUCCGUGAGGCUACUUGCCGGCAGUAUGAUGAAGGUGAAUGCGCUCGAGCUGGAUACUGCAAUUUUAUGCAUUUAAAAAGGAUUAGCCCAGAACUGAAGCGGCAGUUGUUUGGGAGGAGUAAGGGGAGGCGCCGAAGCAGAAGCCCCAGUCCCUACCGUUCCCGUGGCGGCCGUGGAUAUGGUGAUAGAAGAGGCGGAGGAGAUUAUCAUUCUCAUGACCGGAGAAGGAGGCCUAGAAGUAGGAGUCCGGCCCGAACGGGUGGGCGGCGCAGCCCAAGUCCGUCCCGGAGGAGAAAUAGGAGUCCAGUCCGGGAAAGCAGUGCUGAGAGAAGGGCAAAAAUUGAGCAAUGGAAUAGGGAAAGGGAGCAACCUGAACCCACAAAACAACAAAGCAGUGACGAUAAGGAGGUAAACUGGCAAGAUCAAUAAUAAGCUUUUGUUGUGAUUGGAGAAGGAUAGCCCAAUUAUGGUCCAACUGCAACUGUGUCAAUAACACUAUUAUAGGAUCAGCAGAAAGGGAGAACCUUUACCGGCGACAUACAUUUGCAGUCACUGAGACACCAAUCUGAAACCGGUCAAGGACCUAAAAGCAUAUGAAAAAUUUGAUUUGGAGUUUUCUGUGCAGAUUAGUUGCAUGCAUGAAAUUGUUGAAUUAAGCGAUGCCCAUCUGUGAAUGUGAAUGUAUAUAUAUUCAAAUUUGGAGUAGCAAUUGGAAUGGGGAGUUGUCAGUGAUUGAUAGAUUUAUGCAUCAUAUCUCUUUCUCUCUGGUCUGGCCUCUGAGUCAGUCAAUUUUUCAGGGCUUUUUUUUUUUAGUUUUUUCUCCACAGUUUUAUCACGGGAACAUAAUUCUCUCUGGUUCAGUUUUGAUCACCUUUUGUCUUCAAAAUAGUGUAUACUGUAUAGUAUUAUAGUAUGAUUUACCAAUGAGGAGGGUUCACAUGCCCUGACACCAUUGCUCUUUGUUGUCUGUUUUUAUUCCAAGUUCUGUACACUUUAGGUGCUCCACAGAAGUUUCAUCGAUUUGGGUCUUUGUCCAGAAUGUUUCUAUGUCGUUGUGUGUGUAUAGAUAUAUAUAAAUAUAUAUAUAUAUACCACGGAUUUAUAUAUAUAUAUAAAUUUCCC